AAAAAAAAUAUGAACCGGAAACGCCUGUUAGGCUUAACUUGACCACACUGACUUUGGUCCUGUAAAACUUCAGCGACACCAGCGCUUCUCUGGUCGGACUGUUUUGUUUUUCUCCCAGCGAUGGAGCGGAAAGUUGCUCGAGAAUUUAGACACAAGGUGGAACUGCUGAUUGAAAAUGAGGCAGAGAAGGAUUACCUUUAUGAUGUCCUCCGCAUGUAUCACCAGUCUAUGGAUUUGCCGGUGCUGGUGGGAGACCUGAAACUGGUCAUCAACGAACCAAAACGGCUUCCGCUGUUCGAUGCGAUCCGGCCUCUGAUCCCACUCAAACACCAAGUCGAGUACGACCAGUUCACACCCAAGAGGUCACGGAAGCUGAAAGAGGUGCGUUUGGAUCGAACGCAGCGCGACGGACUGGGUCUCAGCGUUCGAGGAGGACUAGAGUUUGGCUGUGGACUCUACAUUUCACAGAUUGUCAAAGAUGGACAAGCUUACAAUGUUGGCCUUCAGGUGGGCGAUGAGAUCGUGCGAAUCAAUGGCUACUCCGUCUCCUCCUGCAUCCACGAAGAGGUCAUCAGCCUCAUCAAGACCAAGAAGAUUGUCUCACUCAAAGUUCGCCAUGUGGGGAUGAUCCCAGUAAAAAGCUCAUCUGAUGAACCCUUGAAGUGGCAGUUUGUGGACCAGUUUGUGUCCGAGUCUGGGGAGAAGAGAAGCAGUAUGGCCGGCUUGGCAUCUAUUGGUGGGAAGGAGAUCAAGGAGAAGAAGGUUUUCCUCAGUCUUGUGGGAACUAAGGGUAUGGGCAUCAGCAUCUCAAGCGGCCCAACCCAGAAACCUGGGAUCUACAUCAGUAACGUCAAGCCAGGCUCCCUCUCUGCUGAAGUUGGACUUGAGGCUGGAGACCAGAUCAUGGAGGUGAAUGGAGUGGAUUUCACCACUCUGGACCACAGAGAGGCUGUGAAAGUCCUGAAGAGCAGCAGGAGUCUCACUAUCACGGUUCUGACAGGAGCUGGAAGCGAGCUGUUUAUGACAGACGAGGAGCGCCUUGCAGCCGAAGCCCGCCGGGAGGUGGAGAGGCAGGAACUGAUGCAUCAGAAGAAGGUUGCAAUGGAAACCAACAAAAUCAUUAAAGAGCAACAGGAGAAGGAGAGACAGAGAAAGAUGGAGAUCUCACAGAAAGUAGCAGAGGAAGAGGAGCGCUAUAAGAGCGAGAUGGAAAAGAUUGAAGCUGCAGAAAAGAAACACGACAGAGAUUGGGAGGAGGACUGGGGAUCCAAAGACAGACCAAAGAGUCCCCGCGCUUCAAAGAGCCCCUCACCGGAGAUGAAACCUCCAAAGGCCAAGAGUUCACUUGAUGGAGCCAGCUCCUUCAUAGAGGAAGAGGAGGAGGAGGAAGAUGAUGAGGAAGACAGCCAAGGAUUUCAGAAAUACGUGGACGACUUUGAUCCGUACUCCAUGUUCUCCUCAGACCAGAUAGAUGGGCGAGAUGUGAGAUUGCUAAAAAUAAAAAAGGCCGGACAACUUGACCUUGCUCUGGAAGGGGGAGCUGAAUCUCCUCUUGGAAAGUUGGUGGUGUCUUCAGUGUAUGAAGGCGGUGCAGCCGAUAAGCACGGAGGGAUCGUUCCCGGUGACGAACUCAUGGCUGUCAAUGGGAAGAUCCUGAUUGACGCUACUUUAGAAGAGGGACAAAACUCUCUGGCUCGGGCCUGGAACAGUGGAGGGGACUGGAUCGAUGUGGUGAUUGCUGUGUCCCCUCCAAAGGACUAUGAAGAUGAAGUCCCUAAGUCAGCAUCAGUCAGUCCCACUGUGAACAGAAAGGUGUUUGAAGGCAGUGCAACACUUUACAGACAUGGCUAUCAGCUUCAGCACUAGCCCCACCUCUCUUCCUUCCUCACCCUUGUUCUGGUAAUCAACUUAACCUUCAGCCCUCAUCUUCUCUGCUGCACGUCAGAGGGGAGGUUUGGUGUGGCUUUUGUUUUUGUUUUUCCUCUUGGGGACAUGUGACAGUCUCUCUGACAACUUGAAUACUUAAGACGGCAAGAGGAUUUUAAUGUUUGUUUCCUCUCAUCCUGUCGGAUUUAAAUCUUCUUGUUGCUUGGUUUGCUCCAUAGAAAACGGUCAUGACUUUGAAUGUACACUGUCUAAAGUAGGAUUUAAAUAAAACACUCUUGCUACUUUAAAGACGUUUAUAGUAAUACGUGACAGAUCACUUUGUGUAUGUGCUGGAUCCAGGGAGCCGUAAACAUGUUGUUGGAUGUUCUCAGGUCACGGACACCACAGACUCCUGUCAGCCUUCAGCAGUUGUUCUGAUUGAUGUUGUUUCUUGGACUGUUACAUGUCUUAAAAUCUUUGAGUCUGAGAUAUUUUUAUUGAAUUUACUGUCACAAGAUUACAUCCACUCAUCAUAUUAGUUUUGGGCUUUUGGUGAUUCAUUUGAACUUAAUGUAGCUUUUCAUAAACUACUAUUAAUAUUUGAGUAACUGUCCCAGAGGAGGUUGCAGAUAAAACAUCAGUUGUGGUCAUCAACAAGCUGCUGGAGUAAUUAUGACUCAUAUUUUGACAACUACAAUCCAUUCAAAAUUGUUCCUCUGUUUUGGGCCAUUCCGAAGACGUAAUAUUAGCCAUUUUUAAAAUCCUUUUCCAAAUUGGGUUUGAUGGGCCAAAUCAGGUUUUCCUGUAGAUCUAAUAAUUUAGGACUCAGGCAGAGUAACAAGCCAUAGCUGAAUGGCUCACCUCGACUCCAUAUUUGUUUUCAUCUUCGUUUCCCCUGAACAUAAAUCUUUCAAUUCAGAAAACAUUUAGUCGUUCCAUAAAGAGCAUUCGCAGUUUUCAGCUAUGCUUCAUGGUGUUGAUUUUAGAUUCUUUACUGGUCAGCAGCACCCUCUCCGGUUUCAUCUGGAGCUCUAAGCUGCAUAAUGACUCGUAUGUGCAAAAAGAAUGGCUCAAAUAAAUCACUAAAAGCUCAAAAGGAACAUGUAAUCCAUGAUGUCUACAUGUAAACUUUUGACAAGACCUGCAUGUAAUGUGAGAGAUGCACCAAUUGCAGUUUCUAGGCAGAUUCUUGUCUUGAUCUGAGAAUUUUGCC